AUGGGACAGGGUGACGAGACGAAGACGAGGCCUGAUCCUGAAGUUGAGAUCCAGGUAUCUCUCUCUCUCUCUCUCUCUCUCUCUCUCUGAGUCACUAGUUUGAGGGGCUGUUCUUGGUGAGAAAACUGCGUGUCUGCAGGAGAGAGGAGAUAUAUUCUUCUUCUACCGGCCAAAGGUAGACAGAGAGGAGGCCCACGAACCCGACGACGUCCAGCGGCUGUACAUCGUCCUGCGCCCGCAGUCCGGCGAACGGGCCGUGGAGGAGAAGCAGACGGCGGGCUCCGGCAAGGAAGGCGGCAGCAAGGAGCAGGAGGGUGGCGGCAGCAGGAAGGAGCAGGAGGACGAAGGCGGCAAGGAGCAAGAGGGCGGCGGCGGCGGCGGGGGAGAGAGGAUCGUCGAGGCGACUGAAGAAAGGGGAAGCGAAGGCGGCCGCGGCAGCGAGGUGGGUUCAUAUCGACUGUUGGCCGUUCGAGGGAAGGUGUUCCUUGACUCAUUCUUCUAGUUUCUUGGAUCGUGAUGCGGUGCGGUGCACAACCCAGAAAGUCAACAUCGAGGAGGAGACGCUGCACCGGUUCAUCGUCAUGGGUCGGAAGAGCCUUCCGGAUCCGAGUCAACGCGGCGCCCCUUACUGGGGGUUCGUGGAGAUGGUCACCAAGGAUCCAGAGGACCUGAAGACGGCCCUGCGAGGAGGUACUUCCUGGUGAAGGAGGGAAAUGUGCAGCUUUCCUUUGGCUCUUGUCCUCUGACGGGGCAAAGUUGUUGUUUCAGAGGAGUACGAGACGGCGACUCGGGGGCGCCGGCGCAGAGCUCCGGCGAGGGCCCUGGCAGAGGGAGUGUACCGCAUCUUGAGGCACAAGCGGCGCAGCGACGCCCACACCCACCUCGUCUAUAGACUGGAGUUCCCUCCGGCGCCUCCUGCGGCGCCUCCUCCGGCGGGGCCGCAGGAGGCGCUCAACGUGGAGCGGGAGGAGUCCUUCGUCAUCCAGAUCAAGAACCCGGAGCGGGGCGGCGCCGACUCGGGGCGGUCCCGGGGCUUGCAGGGCAAGCGCAGGGCGGCGUUCCCCGCUCGCCUGCAGGGCCUUCUCGGGGGGCUGCGCUUCGCGCCGGCCGACCCGCCGGACUUCCUCAACUACGAGGGCUGCGAGCUGCUGCUGAUCUCGGCGUCAGACGACAUCGACGCGGAGCUGGGCCUCGACCUGAAGACGGAGGAGGGAGCACCCCCGUGCUCCGAUCUGAUCCAGUCCUUGGGGGAUUCAGCCUCUGUCAAGCCCCUCUUGAGCGGCACUUGGGACUGA